CAUCUCACUUUUUCAUCUUCUUACAGUAACCGAUUUGGGCUGCUCUCUUUUGCAAUCAGAUUGAUUUUCAGCUGAUUAAAGCCUGACACAAUAAAUCUUCAGACACCAUGAUGUGCUUUCAGUUUUCUUAUUGUGAAGACAAGGACGAAGCACCAAUAAGUCCAACAAAAUCAAGUUCGAUCCAGUCUUUCACUUCUGAAUCCACAGAUCGUUUUGUGUCUGGACCAGAGUCAAGUUUCCCGAAGGUCCCUGAUCCAAGCACAAAAUUAAGAAAGUUCAAGCAUCCUAGUUUCUCAAAAAGGUCAAGUAAUCUUAGAGAGUUCAAAUUUUCUGAGCUCAAGUCUGCUACAAAGAACUUUAGCCUGUCUGCAAAGCUUGGAGAAGGUGGGUUCGGUUCUGUCUACAGUGGCACGGUUAAGAAUCUUCGAGAUUCUGCUAAAGAUAUCGAUGUGGCUGUAAAGCAGCUUGGCAAAAGAGGAUUUCAGGGGCACAAGGAGUGGGUGACGGAGGUGAAUGUUCUUGGGAUUGUUCAGCAUCCAAAUCUUGUUAAAUUAGUUGGCUACUGCGCAGAAGAUCAUGAAAAAGGAAUCCAACGGCUUCUAGUCUACGAAUAUAUGCCUAAUAGAUGUGUGGAAUAUCAUUUAUCUAAUAGAUCCGGAACAGUGAUGACGUGGGCAAUGAGAUUGAAAGUAGCUCAAGACACUGCUCGUGGCUUGGCAUACCUACAUGAAGGAAUGGACUUCCAGAUUAUCUUCAGAGAUUUCAAAUCUUCAAAUAUUCUUCUAGACGAUCAAUGGAAUGCUAAGCUUUCAGAUUUUGGAUUGGCUCGGUUAGGUCCUAAAGAAGGAUUGACCCAUGUGACAACAGCGGUGGUAGGAACGAUGGGGUAUUCAGCUCCAGAGUAUAUCCAGACAGGUCGUCUCACAUCCAAGAACGACGUAUGGAGCUAUGGGGUGUUUCUUUAUGAACUCAUCACAGGUAGGCGUCCCCUGGACCGAAACCGGCCCACGGGUGAGCAGAAACUUCUAGAAUGGGUGAGACCCUACCUAGAUGACAAAAAUUUUCCUCUCAUAGUCGAUAAUAGACUCGAAGGUCAAUACUCACUGAGAUCUGCAAUGAAGUUGUCGUUGAUCGCAAACAAAUGCUUGUCUAGAGACCCUAAAUCAAGGCCAAAGAUGAGUGAGGUUUUGGUAAUGUUGAACCAGCUGGUAGCUGCUCAAUCAGAAGUGGGUCCGAGAUCACCUCUCAAUGUUCCCGAAGAAGUUAUGAAGGCGAGGGAGGGCGAAAAGACCAUGGAAAAUGAAGGCAAUGAUAUGAAACUAGGAGAUUCUGCUUGGUUUUCUCGGAUAUGGUCUUGGAAGCCCUUAAUAACUUGUUGAUUUCAAGUGCCAAAAGUGAGUACAUAGAGCAGUUUGUAUGUAAAUGACGUUUUUGUCCUUUUUCGAUCAAUAAAUAGGAGCAGUUCCUUUCGAUA